CCGCCGAGUCCUGCACCGGCCAAUUCCCACCGGGACGGCCACAUUCCCCCAAAACACCCAAGCCCGCCGUGGACUUUCUUGACGCCCCACAAGAUUGGUCGUGGGAUUGAUGCAGUUGACGCAGGCGUUGCUGGACAAUUGCAGCGGCACACGAUGCCAUGCUUUAGGGACGAGGCGACACACUCGUGAGUUUGUCGAGGGGCUCUCCUGGGCGCCGUCUCGCAAGGGACCCCUUUAAGUGCAGGACGUGGAAGGACGGGCAUUUCACGACAGCAGAUCCACGCACUCGUUCACGAUGCGUCGAAUCAGCGGGACGUCGGUGGCCAUCACCGACCCUCUGGUCAAAUACCAGGCGCUCAUUGCCACCGGGCUCUACCAGCCCGAUCCGUCGCAGCACCGCCUUGCUCUGCACCUGCACAAGAUAUACCUCCGCCUCAAGGACUACACUCCAUCUGUCGAGUACCGCGCACGCCUCCGCGCCGUCAGUGAUGCGCUCGACAAGCUCGAUAAAGAGCAGCGGAGCCAGGACGACACGAGGUCUCUCGCCGUCAGGUCUCACCCGAUCCGCCAGAACCCGCUGUUUGCGAGAUUCUUCCAGCGCGUAGAGGGCAAAGGCAGGGACACUCUCGCGCUGACCAGAGUGCUCACCAGCCACGAGGAGGCCAUCCAGAUCGACUCGCCCCGCGGCCUGUUCCUCAGCGGCGAGGUUGGAACAGGCAAGUCGAUGCUGCUCGACCUCCUUGCCGACGGGCUGCCCACGAGCCGGAAGCGGAGAUGGCACUUUAAUACAUUCAUGCUCUACACACUAUCGCAGUUGGAGCAGCACAGGAAAACACACGCCGGCGUGGGUGUUGAUGACGGAGACAGCCCCCAGCAGUAUUCGCUGCUCUGGGUCGCGAAGGACAUGAUCGACAAGUCGCCGAUUCUAUUUCUAGACGAGUUCCAGCUGCCAGAUCGAGCAGCCAGCAAGAUCCUCAGCAAUCUCUUCACCGUCUUCUUCCAGCUCGGCGGUGUUCUGAUAGCAUCGUCCAACCGCAUGCCCGAGGAACUGGAAAAGGCAACCGGGUUCGAGUACACAGCCCCUGCUGCUUCGACACUAGGCAGGAUGAGAAAGGCAUUGGGGUUGUCUCCCACUGUUCGCAAGGGGAGAGGGGAGAUGUACGGUUCGACAAGUGACUUUGCCAACUUUCUGGAAGUGCUCAAGGCCAGGUGCGAGUUUUGGCAGAUGGAAGGCGCAAAAGAUUGGCGGAGGCGAGAGGUGGGCAAGCCCGGUGCCACAAGGGCUUUCGAGAAGCCAGCAGAGUUUCUUCUUGGUGGCGAUCUGGUGGGUUCUUCCACGGAAGCCAAAUCUGAGUUACUCGAUGCCGCCCUCUCGACAACCAGCAGUGUCAUGCCGACAAGCUACUAUCUGUACGACGACCAGACCCGAGCCCCUUGGGAUAAAGCUGUGGAGGAUAUGAUCAGACAAUCAUCACACCCUGGUUCUCUAGAUAUCCAAUGGGCGCCACUGACCCUGGCCGUCUACGGGAGAGCAGUCCACAUAUCACGCCAGUAUAAUGGUGUGGUGUACUGGAAUUUCGCAGACCUUGUGUCUUCGUACGGCCCCGCGGACUACAUCUCGAUGGCCUCGACGUUUCACACCUUUAUCAUUGAUGAGAUCCCCGUGCUCACAAUUCUCAAGAAAAAUGAGGCACGUCGUCUCAUCACCUUGCUUGACGCGUUAUACGAGGCGCGCUGCAAACUGCUCGUCCGCGCUGCAGCCGGCCCCGACGACUUAUUCUUCCCAGAGACCAACUCGAAACCGGAGGGAGCUAGGUCACCAGGCGGAGAACCCACAACCAUGGACGGGACUUUGGCGGCAAGGGACAAAAGCAACACAGCCACCCUGUCAGAGACAAUCACCGACGAUGCCAUCCACUCCGAGACCAUCGCCGAGGUCUUCCAGGACCAGAUGUCGCCCUUCCGGCCAAACAUCUCGACCUACACGGACGGCAGCAACACCGUGUACGACCCGGACCAGGACUCGGAUUUCCACUCGGACCCCAAGACUCCCUCGCGCUUCGGGCCCGGCGGUGGCGGUGGCGGCGGGCCGACAGUCAACUUUAGCAACACGAGCGCCUUUACCGGCGAGGACGAGCGAUUCGCGUACAAGCGCGCGGCGAGCCGGCUAUGGGAGCUCUGCGGCGCGCAGUGGCACGCCCGGAACGGGGAAGGCUGGUGGCAACCACUCCCCAAGGAGGCACGGCACUGGGAGGGCAGGCCGCUCAGCAAGCCGAUCAGGAGCAGCAGCGGCGAGGGCCUGUUUCCGAAGAAGGUGGUGCACGGGGAUGUCACUAUGGGGCCGGCCGUGGAGCUUGAUGAGCCGGCGGGCCUGCAGAGGCAGAGGGUCGAGGAUCUGCGGAAGGAGGCUGUUGCCCAAGCGGCUGGUCAGUCAUGAGAUAUGUGUUCCAUCAUGGUCAGGCGGCAUUCGCCGACAAUGUGCUAGCGCCCUUUGAGGCUACAGAGUAAGGCAAACCAAAUCUCUAUUAGGAGAGAGA